GUGUUCACAAGUGACUCGCAAAUAUCGAGAAUGAGGGUCGCUAGACUACAGGCCAGCAUCGCCAGCUUGCUGCUGCUCUGUUUCGUGAUGGGAACAGCAACAGCGUAUCCCAGUGCCGAGGGACCCAGCCAGUGGUUAAUGGAACAGGCCAGGGCGCUGCAAAUCGAUGACGUGACUAUGGGAGAGCUGUGGCGCACUAAGCAGCCGGUGGUUAUCACUAAGCCGGACGCUGAGGGUCAGAUGUUCUCAGUGACCUACGAGCUGUCGGCGGACGGAACGAGCAUCUCGCGAACUACAACGAGGGACACUCGCCCGGCAAGACUGGAGGCGAAUGUAGACGCGGCUAAGCCCAAUGAGGACUGGGAGCUACUACCCAAUCGACUGAGCCAACAGUUUAGCCCGAAUCUUGGCACGGACUUCGGAUUUUCAUUGAGCAAUGGCUUUGGCAGCACCUUCGGCAGCUUCGGAAGCUCGAACGGUUUUCCCCAGUGGCCAGCUCAUUGGCCAUCAUUCAAUUUGCCACCCGGGGUAACGCCACGCACCACCACCAAGACCGAGACGGAUGAUCAAGGACGGACCGUCACGAGUGUGUCCAGCUUCUACAGCGGCCCGCUGAAUCCGGGAACUAAUCUAUUCGAGUCGCAGUUUCCAAAUUCAGCAGCACCCAGGCCCGCCGUUCCUGCUUCUCUCCCAGUCCUGCCCCACCAACACUUCCCGGGACAAGCACCGCCACCCAAUCCCAAUCGGCCUUCAUUGGGCUUUCCCCUUCCUGCAAUGCCUAGUCCCCGUUCGACUACACCUCUACCCGCACUGGCUCCUAGCUUCGGGCUGGACAUGUUAACGACCACGCCUCUUCCACCUCUCGACGACUUUUUGCAGCAGAGGACGACCCCCAGAAUAGAUGGGAAUACAGAUGAGAGCAUUCCGCCUCCAUUGCCCACCAGACGACCAACGGCGAAUGCUCCACAAGAAGGGGACAAGUCGAUCGAGGACUACCUAUCGAAGGUGAAUCUCAGCCCGUCGGAUAUAUUAGCCCAGAAUGGAGAAGUGGUCAAGACCAUUGUGGAUAAGGAUGGACGCGUCCUGAGUGCCAGAUUUGUCCUUAGCACUGUCAGAGAGGAGGAGCAAAUCCGCCAGGAGCCUCAGCCCACCAAGUGACCUAAUUUUGAGACCGAUUAACUUAAUGAGAAGUAUGUCUUCGCGGAAAUACAUUGAGCAUAAAUUAAUAAAUAAUAAUACAAAUGAAA